CACCCUGUUCCAAUCGUCCCAGCGAUAACAACUUGUUGUCAGUUUGAAAUAAUAACGGCUCUGGCAAUCCUAAGUCCAUCACCGAAGGCACUAAAUCAUAAUCGUGACACUAAUCACCACAGAGUAAUCAUCAACCUCUGUGUAUUAAAGAAUGGAUCUGGAGUCAAAAAUAAUCGAGCGUCUCCAAGAGCUCCGAAAAUGGCAGAAGGGGCAGCAGGAGAAGCUCCUCCAGCAGCAGCACGAGCAGCGCGAGCUCUUGACAAUCGAGCAGGAGCGUAUGUACGAGGCCCUGGGGCUGAAAGAGAUAAUCUCCGACGAGAGUAUCCUCGACCAGAUGUCCCCAUCGACUGGAAAAGUCGUGCAUUCCCCAGUGAAUCAUCCAAACGCCUGCCGGAAGGUCACCCACUCCCCCGUGAAGUUGAACGACUCAAGAGCCAGUGACUUAUCAAGUUGCUCCUCAGCAAACUACGACGACCGACCCCUGCUGCAGCUGAGCAUCCCAGCACUGCACCUGACCUCCUCGACCAGUGGCCUGUCCAGCACGAGCUCUCCCAGAAGACCCCAGAGCCACAAUCCAUCGUCUGACCACGGUUACGAGUCAGAGAAGAUCGUGGAGACGCCCAGAGGCUUCACAAUCACCUCGAACGUCUCUGUGGAGGGUGUGGAGCCCCUGCCAAACGAGAAUAAACCCCUCCAGAAGUGUCUGGCCAUCGACGACGUGCCAGUCCCCUCCCCGAAGAAGGACUUCAACACACUAUUAGAAGAGAGACUGAGGGAGUCAGAAGCUGCAGAGGGAUCCCACAACGACCAGAGGAAUGUGAUAAAGAGGCCCUUCCUGAAGAGAGGAGAGGGUCUAGCAAGAUUCAAGCCCAACAGCAACCCCUCCAGGUCCUCGACAAGGCCCAGAAGUGCGUCACUAUCAGCCAUGGGGUACACCCAGAGCACGAAAAGCAGUGGGAAGCCUAAAGAGCCCCAGAAGAAUAAAAACUCCCACGUUUCCCGAAGAAGUGCCCCAUCGAUACCCCCAGUGAGCCAGCAGAAGCUGAACCUCAAGGCUGUUCCCCCACCCAAGAAGGUUCGAAGCAAAUCACUGUCUGCAGCUGUUCCCUCCCCUCCGAAGACCCCAAGACCCAGUGAAGGCUCCACCACAAGUGAUAGAAUCAAGCCUGGGGACGAGUCCAACCCCUCAGACCUGGACUCCUCGAAACUCGAGACUAAAAUGUUCGAGUUUCUGGAGGAGAAGGCUGAAAACUCCAGCUUCUGCUCGACCUCCAGUGCAGUAAUAGCCUUCAUGCAGCAGUCAACGCCCCUCAAGCUCAGGAGCAUCAAGCAAAAAUUGAGUACACAAAUGGUAUCUCCAUCGAAAUCGAAGCACCAGGGGUCGCCAGUUCGGGCGAUUCGUGAGACAGUCGUGCAGAAGGACAUUGUGAUCUCCCAGUGGGACUCUGGGCCCUUCCCAGAGGACAACACCCCUCCCCUGGCGUUCACCAAUAGUCAGAGGGACGUCAAGAAGAUCGUGGGGUCGCAGGAGACGAGCACGAAGAUUCUUCUCUACAACAAUAACGAUAUUGAGAGGUUUAAGGAGGACGUGGAGAGCGAUUCGAGUGUCUCCACCAGCACGGGGAUGGACUCGACCCUGGAGGAGAAACCUGGUGACUACCAUGAGGACAAUAAGGAGACAAACGUCAGCAUGCACGUGAGAUUCGCCGAGUACAACGAGUACAAAACGAUAGGAUUGACUGACACUUCAAUGCUCUCGACUGACUCUCAACAAGACAAUUGUGGGGGAGAUAAACUCUGGAGUGAGCAGUCAGCCUCGUCGGAGUCGUCAGACGUCGAGGGUUUCCCCAAGCCCCAGACGACUCACCAGAACUACAGAUCGAACAUGAAGUACCCAUCGAAGCCCAGACUUCCGGGUUCCAUGCAGCCCAGAAAUCUCCAGAACUACGAGGACUCGAGUGAUCACAGCACAGACGACGAGCACUCGGUGCUGAACGACUCUGAAGGGACUUAUUACGACGAGGACAACACCAUCUCCGAGCUGCAGGAGGCGGUCAGAAGGACGAUGGAGAGUUACAACGAGAAGGUUAAGGAGCUGUCAAUUCUAGACGUGACUCCGGCGAGAGCUCCAGAGGUUCAAAAAGACCCUGACGAGGGCACGAUCUUCAAGUCGGAGCUCCUGAAGACUCGUCUCCUGGAGUUGGAACGGGAGAUUGACAUCUUCAGGAGAGAGAACACGACGUUGACUGCUGAGAGGGAGAAAUUGAGAGAAGAGCAUCGUCGACGAAUGAAGGAGGUUAAGGAAAAAGAAGACAAUCUGGAGAAAGAGAGGGUGAGAAUGGAGACUGCGCUGCAAGAGGAGAAGAAGAGAAUAACGAGGGAGAAAUUGGCGCUGGAGAGUCGUCUCAAGGAUGCGAGGGAGAAGUCCAUUCAGACGAAGCAGGAGCGCCAGGAGGUGCAGGUGUUGAAGGAGCAGUUGGAGGAGCUGAGGGAUGAGAUGAACGAGAAGGAGCAGAGGUGGCAGGCUGCUCAGGCCAGGCAGAAGAGCCAGAUGAGGGUUCUGCAGAUGGAGAACGCCAAGUUGAAGCAGGAGUUGGAGAAGGUGCAGUCUGCUAAGAGGGGCACUGCGAGGCUGAAGAGGCCAGGCACUCUGUCCAACACCAAAGCUAUUCAUCAGAUUAACAAGCAUUUGGAUCGCAGGCGAAGUGCUCCAGCGAAAAAGCCUGAGCACUUGGCGGAAGAGGAAGAAGAGGCUUCGAUUAAACCUAGAGUUGAUAAAAUUCCCUCGAACAUUAAUAGCGAUUUGGUAUCGUCUAAUGACACUGGCAAGGUUAUUGUCUACGAAGGUUCACAGAGGGUGAUCCCCACUGAGGAGGAGAUAGCUAAACGAAGGAAUUUGUACCAGGAUCUUCUGAAGGAAGCUGCGAGUGGAUUCAAGGAAGACGUGUUCAGGAAGUCUGAGGACUCUGGGAAUGAUCAAGGGCAGAAGGAGAAUGCAGAGGUGAAGGGGUCAGGGAAGGAGGGAGUGGAUCCUCUGAUUGUCCCUAGGAGUAAUUACCAAGUGGGGAAGGAAGGGGGUGGGACUAGGACGAGUGGAAGUCCUAGUGUUUUGAAGUCCACUGAGAAUAUUGAGUCGAGGGGAUCUUACCAGCAGUUUGUUCAUGAUGUCUUGAACCCCAGGAUUGAUUCGAGGCAGUUGAGCUCUGAUUCUUCGUCCAGUGAUCAUCGUUCGACGAUUGGGGAGCAGUUGAGCAGGGGAAUUGAUGCGCAGGAGAAGGGGAGGCUGGAGACGUUGGGGAGAUUCACUGGGGAUAAGGGUUCAGGGAAUAAAGGAUUGACGAGUCGAGUGGAUCAUCCGAAGUUCGUGGGGCCCAGUGAGUCUGAAUUGACUCCUCGUAAGCAGCAUGAGCAGCCACUGCCGAAGCCCCUGGACAGCAUGACGCCUCGUGCUGAUCUCGUGACAAUCAGUCAUCUGUCUGAUAUGUCAGGGCAGGGGGUCAGUCCCCAGGGGAAGCAGCAGGUUAGGGAAGUUCUUCAUCCUGAUGGCUACACUGAGUACUGGUAUCCCAAUGGCAAUGUCAAGAAGGUUUAUCCUGAUCGCAACAUCACGAAGAUGAUUUAUUACAAUGGGGAUGUGAGGGAGACCACUGAGGAGGGCUGCAUCAAGUAUUUUUACGCUGCCACGAAGACCUGGCACACUACUUAUCCGGAUGGGUUUGAGAUUCUUGAGUUUCCGGAUGGCCAGGAGGAGAGGAGAACUACCGAUGGAGUUGUGGAGGUGUCAUUCCCUGAUGGGUCCAUUCGACUGAUGCAGCCUGAUGGGGUGGAGAAGUGGGUUCUGCCGGAUGGCACUGCUGCGGAGACUUUUCCGAAUGGGGAGAAGAUACUUUCAUUGCCGAAUGGACAGAGAGAAGUUCAUACUAAGGAGCACAAGAGACGAGAAUAUCCCGAUGGAACAGUGAAAUACGUGUACCCCGACGGCACCCAAGAAACUUGUUACUCAAACGGUAGAAUUCGUGUCAAGGACAAAGAUGGUAAUCUCCUGCGUGAUACCCACCAAUCAUAAUUAAUCAACAAUUAACCCAUGAGACUCAAAGUCGAGUUUCAGUGACGUCCAAUCUUUUUACAAAGUACAAACUACUGUUAAGUGAUCGAGCCACAAAAAAACCAACAAGGUAUUACAAAUGAAUUACCCAAAAGACUGUAUAUUUUACAAUUAAUUAACCACUCUCCACAUACCAUUGUAAACCCUUUGGAUACAACAUGACCAAUAUCUUCGUCAAUCGAAGAUAAAUGUACAUAAUAAGAAUGAAUAUUUCUGGCACAAGACCUUUGCUUCGUUCUUCUUUCACCAAUUCUGUUACAUUACCACAGAAUCAUCAAAAAAUUCUAAAAAAUUAUACUAUAUUCGAUAUUUGUACUGCAGAUAUGAGCAAUAGUUUCUUAAUCAAUUAAUUUGAUCAUUUA